AUGGCGCUGAUGCUGUUUGUGAACCACGCGGGUCACGAGGUGCCCUGGGUUGCGCAUGCAGCAUGGGACGGAGUCCACCUGGCAGACUUAGUCAUGCCCUGCUUCCUGCUGCUCGUGGGAGUCUCUGUCGCGCUGUCCCUCGGGCCCCGGGCCUCGGGACCGCGCCGGCCGCUGCUGCGGAAAGUUCUGGCCAGGACAGGGAAGCUGGCGGGGCUGGGGUUACUGAUCCAGGGCGGCGUGGGGGCGGGGGCGUUCCCUGCCUGGGACCUGUCGAGAUUACGAUAUUGUGGCGUGCUGCAGCGCAUUGCGCUGUGCUUUGCGCUCGUCUCCCUCGUUGUGCUGUACCUCCCUCAGACCCCCAGCCCCCGCCUGCAGAGUCUGUUGGACCGUGGUGAUGAGUCAGCCUCUCUGAUGGCGCCCUUCAGAUUCUACGCGCUCUGGUGGAUCUUGGGCACUGCAUUAUUUGUUGCAUUCAAUUGGAUGGCGCUGUUUCUGCGGCCGCCCGGGUGUUUGGCGCGACCGGCGCUGACGGCUGACUGUAAUGUGGCGGCUUAUGUGGAUGCGCGGCUGCUGGGGCGUUCCCAUCUCUACCCCUGGCCCUCCUGCCGGCGUGCCAACCCCCCCUGUGAAUACCUGGACCCUGAGGGCCUGUUUGCGACGCUGAGCGGGGCCCUGGCGAGCACGUUUCUGGGCUUGUGGUUUGGCGCAGUGCUGCUGACACUGCGCGGCCAUCGCGCGCGGUUGAGAAGUUGGGCUUAUGCAUCCGUGCUUCUGACAGAGCUUGGCCUGGCGCUGCACGUCACCGGGGCCGUUCCCUUCAACAAGAACCUGUACUCGGCAAGUUCUGUGCUGCUGACAGCUGGUUCCAGUGGAGCCUUCCUGGGACUUGUAUACUUAUUUACAGAAGUGGCACCUACAAAGAUCUUUGAAAGAGUAGCAGCGCCUUUCAUGUGGCUAGGCAUGAACAGCAUAGCAGUCUAUGCCGGGGAUGAAAUUCUGGAGAAGGCGAUCCCCUGGAUUUAUUGGGGGGACCGGGAAAUCCACCUGCUCUCGGCGGUGGAGGGGGCGUUUAAAAGAGUGUUUGGGGAGGGGGCAAUAAGCGAUUUGGCGCUGGCGGCUGCAGAUGUGGUUUUCUGGAUGGGAGUUGCAGGAUGGCUGCACCGGAAACGAUGGUAUGCAAAAUUGUGA